AUGAUUCAUAGAAUAAAUCCCCGCAGCGCUCGCCCUCCCACACCGCCUCCUCGACAGCUCAGCAGCGACAGUGUCGAGCACUGGGGUCAGUGGUCAGGUCGCAAACACUACUCUCUUGAAGUCGUUCAGCACCCUCUCAGGGCGCGAAUGUGUGGUUUUGGCGACAAGGACCGCCGUCCUUUGGCGCCCGCGGCAGUUGCCAAAAUGGUGGUCAGGAGAGAAGACAACUCGCUCGUGGACGUUGACGACUUGGACUACUCUUUUUUCCUCGUGACCGUGGACCUCUGGUCAGCAGACGGAAGAAAGGAGAUGAACCUCGUCUUGCACCCAUCUUCAGCGGAGCGUUACGUACCAACAACGCAUGCCGCAAAACCACGAAGGCGCGGUACCGGUCCCGCUGUCUCAACCCCGCGCAAUGGCCACCAGAGCCCUACCUCGUCGCAUUCCACCCCAAAUUCCACGCACUAUCAAUCACGGCUCCCCGCAGACCAACACACGGCGAUGCCCAUGAUGCAGCCUCCCAUUCAACCAACUUACUCUAGUCAAAGUUAUCCCUAUUCCCAACAGGCUCCCUCGAUGCAAGAACCUAUGGGCUUUACAGCCUCGAAUCCCUACGGUUCCACAUCUGAUUCCACGCCUGCAUGGGGAUAUACGCCUCAGGCUCCUCCUAUCGAUCGCACCUCAAACUAUCAACAACAUCCAUUAACUUCCAGAGAGUCCUUCGGACGCAGUACUGCACAAACCGGCAUUGGCAUGGCGACUUCUAGCACUACUGAAACUUGGCAGAGCGACAGCUCUUUCCGUGAAGAUACAGACACAGCACCUUAUCGUGGAUGGCCCGCGGAUCCCUCGUACUCUUCUGUAAUGGAGACACCCCAGAAUAAUGUCUACUCUAGCCCAGAAAGCGAUCCAGCCUUACGCCCCGCUUCCUUGCAGACAUCUUCGCACCAUGAUAUUCGCGAGGCCUGGUCACAGCCCAUAUCGACAGACUCCACUUCUCAUCAGAACAGGUAUUCUCAGGAACCAUUCGGCCCGACGCCAGCCAAUCCCUUCGACACUACGUCGAUGUAUGCACCGCCAACAUAUUCUCAACAGUCGCCACCAACAUCAUAUUAUCAAGCUAACUAUGUUCAAAGUUCACCGCCGCCACCACCACCACCAUCGUCUUCAAAUAAUCCACCUCUUCCGCGGCAUUCCUAUACACGGACGCUUGUCGGACCUCUCUCCGCCAAUGCGUGUCGUUUGCUCGACGAGCAUCGCAAACCAGGUAUAUUUUUCUUGUUCCAAGACUUAUCAGUUCGCACAGAAGGUACUUUCCGCUUACGACUACGCCUCAUGAAUGUUGGCGCCCCUCCUGCUCCUGAAGCGGGUGCGCUCCGUGUCCAUACGGAUAUGUCGCCCGUCCUGGCGCAGACAUUUACGGAACCAUUUGUUGUCUAUUCUGCUAAGCGCUUCCCAGGUGUUCCAGAUACCACUGCCCUAUCUAUCGCUUUUGGUAAUCAAGGCCAAAAACUACCUCUGCGAAACCGUCAUGGAUCAAAUAAGCAGGGCCGACGACGGCAGCGGGAGGGCGAUUCUGACGGGUCUGACGACUCUGACGAGUCAUGAGUGUUCGUCUGGCGAUAAUUAUUUGACAUCAGAUAACCACCGAUUAUCAGACUGUAUUCCAUAUCGUCAUUUGUUUUUGCUUUCGUCCCAUCAGCCCUUGGGCCUCACUUGUAGUUAUUGUACUUGCUAUUUCAUUUCACUGGCUUUAGCUCCAUCCCCCGAGUAUACGCCCACCGUGUACUUCUCGUCGUCGCUCUACGCGCUCGUGGUCGAGAGCAAUCUGGACAGAAAGAGGAUAGUUGUGAUAGAUACGGUGGAGGAUAUCUGUCGCCAGCUGAGCAUUAACUGGUCCCUGAUUCAGCGCGCCGUCGCUAGUGUUUGAAGUUUCAUUCUUGGGCUGUACAGGCUGUACCAUUAUCCCUGAAUCUAGAUGCAUUAGCACCAUUGACAAAACAUCCAAUGUUGCAGAGUGGGGGCGCCAGACAUUCCAAGACGGUGAAAUUUGAUGGAGGAUGUGAAGAGGAUGUGCAAAAUCGGCCGAUACUUCCUCUGUAUCCAGUAAAGGUCCUAAUCUCUUCGUAGCUUUUUGGACGGCCUGUGCUCUUCGGUUUUGCUUGUGCAUCGGAGAUUCAGAUGAUGGGUCAUCUGCAUCAGGAGGAGCCGCGUCAAAAAUCAAGGGUGAUUCUGGAUCGGUUGCUCGAUUGCCAAGUAUAUGCUCGCUUUGCCGCUGAUACGGGAGAAUGACACGCUCUAUAAUUUCGAACGCUCGCUCUGGUUCGCCAGCACGAACGAGAGCAACGGCCAGAUGAUUCCAGUUGUGAGAAUCGAAACUAAAACCCUG